AUGACUGUCUGCGGCGACAUCCACGGCCAAUACCACGAUCUGAUCGAACUGUUCCGAAGAAGCGGACCAUGCCCAGACACGAACUACCUCUUCAUGGGCGACUACGUCGACCGCGGCUACGUCGACCGCGGCUACAACUUCAUCGAGUCCGUUUCCCUCGUCGCCCUCAAAGUCCGCUACCUCAAACGCAUCAUGAUCCUCCGCAGAAACCACGAUUCGCGCCAGAUCACCCAAGUCUACGGGUUCUUUGACGAGUGUCUGCGUAAGUACGGCAACGCGCGGGUCUGGAACCUCUUCACAGAUCUGUUCGACCAUCUGCCCCUGACGGCUCUGAUCGACAAUCACAUAUUCUGCCUUCAUGGGGGCUUGAGUCCGUCGGUCGAUAUGCUGAAUAACAUCCGUGUGCUGAAUUGCUUCCAGGAGCCACCGCACGAGGGUCCUAUAGAUGUGGGUGGGGCGUCUCCCCCCGGGGGCAGGUACACUUUUGGACAGGAUAUCUUGCAGGGUUUCAAUCAUCGGAAUGUGCUUGCGCUGGUGGCCAAGGCGCAUCAGAUGGUGAUGGAUGGAUAUUUGUGGUCGCAUGGGAGGAAAGUGGUUACCAUCUUCUCUGCCCCGAACUACUGCUACCGCUGUGGCAACCAGGCGGCAAUUAUGGAGAUCGACUAUUCUCCGAACUACCAAUGGCAUGCUAAAUCUGCCGUGAAGAGCAAAGAUGGGAUUAGAAAUAUAGCUCUCAGGCUCCCAUAUAGUCUUGUGGGCGGUGCGUCGUGA